AUCAAAUUUCUUCUUUCAGACCAACAAAAGUCAAAAACCAUUACUUGUUUUUGAGCUCCCAAACAAAGAAUUUCAGUUGCCUGUAAAUUAGUGCAGUACAUACAUAGAUACACAGUGAUAGUCAAUUUUACCUUACACCAACUAUUCAAGUCACAUUGCAUUACACCCCAGAGACCUAGUUUGGUCUGAAAAAUCCCAAUUCCUAAAUCCUCACCAAUUCAGCAGCAGAUAAAAUCUCAAAGAAUUUGACACCCAAUUUACACGGGUUGAAAUCCUUUCUGGGUUUGAAGUCCCUGUAUAUAGAUUAGAUACCAAGUCGUUGUUUGAAGAGACACAGAGUAGUGGUGGUGCUGCCCGUGCUCGUGAGCUCACAAAUUCAACAAUGGGUCGUUCUCGUGGAAACUUUCACUCCGAUGAGGACCCCACUCAGAGAUCAAGGAGAAAGAAGAAUGCAUCCAGUGGAGAGAAUUUAGAAUCUUCAGCUGCAGGUCAGGGGAAGAGUGAAGGGAAAAGGGCUUAUCACUGCAAUUAUUGCAACAAAGACAUUACGGGGAAGAUCCGAAUCAAGUGCAAUUCUUGCCCUGAUUUUGACCUAUGUAUAGAGUGUUUCUCUGUAGGAGCAGAGCUGACAUCUCAUAAAAGCUAUCACCCUUACCAAGUUUUGGACAAUUUGUCUUUCCCACUUAUCUGCCCAGACUGGAAUGCAGAUGAUGAAAUACUGCUUCUGGAGGCAACUGAAAUGUAUGGACUGGGGAACUGGGCUGAAGUUGCUGAGCAUGUUGGGACAAAGAGUAAAGAACAAUGUAUAGAACACUAUACGAAUGUCUAUUUGAACUCUCCAUACUUUCCUCUUCCGGACAUGUCUCACGUUGUUGGAAAAAAUAGAAAGGAGCUUCUUGCUAUGGCUAAAGGGCAUGGUGAGGACAAAAAAGGAUUUCCUAUGCUCGGGGAUCACAAUGUGAAGGAGGAAUCUCCAUUUUCUCCUUCAAGAAUCAAAUUGGAAGAUUCACACAAAGGUGGCCCCUCUAGCCGUUUACUGUCUAGCAUCAACACUGAUGCAGAAUCUGGAGUUCGCUCUAGUGGUGCAAGUGUGGCAGCAACAGCUGGUCACAAGAAGCCAUCCAACAUGACACAGAUUAAAGAUGGUCCUGGUGUCUUUAAAGUGGAAGAACCUCAAGUUGGCAGGAAAGGCAAGAAACCAAGUUCUUUGGUGAAUGAGGGUCCUUCUUUAGUUGAGAUGAGUGGUUAUAACCCCAAAAGGCAGGAGUUUGAUCCUGAAUACGAUAAUGAUUCUGAACAGUUAUUGGCUGAUAUGGAAUUUAAGGAUAAUGACACUGAGGAUGAACGUGAGCUGAAGUUAAGAGUGCUGCGAAUCUAUUCAAAGAGACUUGAUGAGAGGAAGCGUAGAAAGGAUUUCAUACUAGAAAGAAAUUUAUUAUAUCCAAAUCCUUUUGAAAAGGACUUAUCUCCGGAAGAAAAGGCGAUAUGUCGACGUUAUGAUGUCUUCAUGUGCUUCCACUCCAAAGAAGAGCAUACAGAAUUACUUCAAACUGUUAUUGGAGAGCAUCGAACUCUGAAAAGGAUCCAAGAACUUAAGGAAGCCCGAAAUGCUGGUUGCCGUACAUCGUCCGAGGCAGAUAGAUACCUUGAACAGAAAAGGAAAAGAGAAGCUGAAGAGAAUGCUCGCAGAGCAAGGGAAAGUGGCGAGGUUGGCCCAAGUCAGGGAAAUCCAAAUUUAAGCUCUGCCAGUGAAAUGGAUAUAUUGGGUGUUUAUGGAUCAGAUUUACUGUCUGAAGCUGAGAAACGUCUCUGCAGCGAAAUGGGGUUACCCCCACCCUUUUACCUUAAGAUGGAAGAAGUCAUCUCAAUUGAAAUCUUCAGCGGCAAUGUCACCAAAAGAUCAGAUGCCCAUCACCUGUUCAAGAUUGAACCUAGUAAAAUUGACAGGGUCUACGACAUGCUUGUGAAAAAGGGGAUUGCACAGUCUUGAUGUGAUGCCUGGCUUCUUGUUCUUUAUGUUGUAAAUUAUUUCAUUUUGUAUCAAUUUUUUUUUUUCCAAAGAAAUAACCAAAAUGCAAAUGCUGUAUUUAUCCUUUUCAAUUCAAAAGUAAAUCAGUAUUUUGUGCUUGCAUUGAUUAA